AUGUGUUUUACACAUGUCUCUCUUGUGUGUUUUUGUGAUAGUUUUGAAUUGUAUGAUGUCAUCCCAAGGAGCGAAACUCGUCACCUUCGACCCCUAACCCACACACGCGCGCACGUACUUCUCUUCCUCAAUGUUUUUUAUAGACAUCUGAUGCGCCGCAUGGCUUCAGAAGGCGUUUUUUUUUUUUUUCCGAAUAGCUCUCAGUCACUUGAUGUAAAUUUGUAUACUCUUCACCUUUGGUAUUACGGUCAUUUACAGUUGUUUGCGGUCGGUUACACACCACGGCAGGUGGGCAGAUUUCCCCCCUUCCCCGACCUUCGGCUUUAUUCUUUGAUCAUUUUGAAUAUUUAUUGUGUUUGGCAAUACUGCGGACUUCAAGGCCACAUCGGUCCCCGUGGGUGUCAAGUCCCACAUGUGUCUACACCUGACCAGAGCGAUAUGGCUAGCAACUUUCAACCGUAUUGA